AUGCCCAUAGCUACCAGUCAAAAUGACCCGCCAAUUAAUAAUUCGAAUAGAACUUCCUUCAAUGGUACUGGGAAAAUAACAAUUCCCGCUAGACCCAUUCAACAGACAAAUGUAACUUCUUCCACCUUCCGGAUUCAAAUGCCCGUCUCAGGGACCUCUUCAAAGCACUUGACGCCACCGAGAAAUCAUGUAAAUUUAAUGCCCACACCCUCAGGUGAUAUGAAUAAUAAUCGGUCGAUACAUUCAAGCAUCUCAAUGCGCCCAAAGAGUCCCAUUUAUACAGUGACAACCCGAAGUCGAAGUGUCGGUCCUACAAUCAUUCCCCCACCACCAAAUGCCAAUGCAUAUCCUUUCGUCACUGACCUCUCAAAAGGACUCAAAAUUAUCUCGAAUACUGGCAAUGCUAAUAACCAAAUUGCCUCAAGAGUUCAAGCACUGCCCCCAAAGAAGUUCAUCUUAGGGCGGGUAGCUUCCAAUGAGGAUAUUUGCAUUGAAACAGAAACACCAUUUGCUUUUAGUAUUGCUGCUAAGGGGAAGCAGAUUUGUAUUUCCAAAGUGGCAUCCGCAGAUGAUCUCCAGAGACCCCUUUUAGGAGGUCUUUUCAAUGCUGAAUUAGCGAAUAAGGCAGAAAUUGGUGAAGGGAUCCCUGUGUCUUUGAGGUUGACCUUUGGUUCGACCCCAUGCGUCAGUUCAAUUGCUUCAAAACAGGUCCCUAGAGAGCCCGCUUUGCACAAAACUUUCAGAUCAGUUCUGCAUAUUGAUAUGUCCAGUUCUGGAAAUUCUACGGGAAAGAACCUUGCCAGACCACAAUACCGGGCACCAAAACCUCUGGUGAAUGGAACAUCAUAUAGAAAUAGUCUUCCAUCUUUACCAAGACCGCCAAGACAAACUCAGGGCGCCAAUUUGACAUUUUUUGAGCAAGAUAUAUGUCUGCCAGUUCCAUGCCAAGCAGAAGGCAGUGAGUCUAGUGGUGAAGCACAUCAAGUUGAUACGGGGAAAUCAGAGGGCCAGGAAGCUCAAUCCAGGAAACCUCCAAUUCAACGUGAAAAGUGGUGGCAUGACGCACUCAAAAGUGACUUCACACCCAAGGCCAAAAUAGCCUCGGAACAGGAAUACGAGCUGACAAAUCACCUCUUUAACGAGCAGGGCUACAAUCCUCUUAUUCGGCCGGUUGCAAACGCCUCCGAAGCUCUGCAAGUUGACCUUGGACUCUGCAUGAUACAACUCAUUUACAUUGAUGAGCGCCGCCAAGUCAUGAAGAGCAACGUUUGGUUACCCAUGGUGUGGCGGGACUAUCAGCUAACUUGGGAUCCAUCAAAAUAUGGCGGUUUGAAAGUGGUUCGAGUUCCACACAAUCGUGUCUGGAAGCCCGAUAUCGUUCUUUUCAACAAGUAA